CGGCUAAAGUGCCCACUCGACCUGACCAAUCAAAAGUGUCGUCGGCCUUCGUUAGUCUGACCUAAACCCACUUUAAAUCGUUAUUCGCGCACUCUAUGCCUACCUUAGGUCAUAUUUUGAGCUUCGUUAUUCUUUUUUGUUUUUAGUUAGCUAUUCUUUUUUUUUCUUCUUCUCUCCCUUUCUGAAUAAUCUCACAAAUUAAUGCAUUGUUUCUUACGUUUGUUAUUUAUAUCUGGAAAGUACAGGGACGGAAAAGAAAAACAUCAACAAAUUCUCACGCACGUUUUGAUUUGAAAUCGUCUGCCGACUAAAUCUGCUGAUAUAUCAUUUUUCGUGUUUCAUUCAUUGUUACACGCUAGAAAUUACUAUUUUGUUUCAUUGAUAUUGUUUGUUGAUAGUUGAUUUGAAUAUCUAUGUGUUUGCGGUUUCAAAACGAUGUCUCAUAUCGAUAGUUCUCAUCAACAACAAUAUCAAUCGAUCAACAGCAAUACUUCUUUAUGUAACCUUAAAAAUAGUAACACGACUGAUGAUCUCCCUAAACAGUUCGUGUCUUCUCUAAGAAUUCUUUUCGAUAUUCUCGAUGAAAACCACAGUGGUUAUGUUCGAUUAUUGGAUAUUGAAAGCCGAUGGAAGGAAGACGGUGUUAAAGGCCUUCCGCCUGGUGUUGUAGAUGCUCUCAGAAAAGUGACACCACCAAAUGGUUACUUGAAUUUUGAUAGAUUUGUAGCCGGUCUGAAACUCGUUCUGUGGCGAAACAGACUUAAUGAUUCUCAGAAUAAUACUGAUGUUGAGCAAUCAGAUCAAGAUGGGGUUUUCUUAGGUAAGGAAAACAAAUUAAACAAUUAUAAUGAUGAAAAAACUAUGAAUUUCACAGGGUCACAAGAGCAGUACGGCCACAUAAAUAUUUCGCCAAAUAUUGAUGGUCAGUUUUUCAAUCGGCAUCACAACACUGCGGCGGAUGUCUUUAACAGCAGCUUAACUCCAGCCACUGGUAUAACGAAUGUGCCUGGCCGACUGGGCAGCAGUCAGCACACUACCUUAGGCCAUCAGAACAGUGCGACAAACGUGACAACCAAUGUGCAUAGCAGUGGUCAUCAACACAACACUCAUUAUCAGACAUCAGCUAGUCAUUAUAAUUCAAACAAUACACAUUACAACACCCCGGUUAAUAGUAGCCACGAUACUAGUCGAUAUAGCAAUAAUAACAGUCUUCAAUCUAUUGGAACUGGAGUAGGAAACAAUGCUGUGUCUAAUGAUAAGUUUACUCACAACCAACGUUUACCUUGUCUCACAAGAUCUGCAGACAGGCCACCCCUUCAAUCACGACAGGUGAGCCACUCACACCUUCAAUAUAAUACUGAUACACAAGAACCUUUUGUAACUGACCAGGCAUCUUUACCCACACAUGCAUCUAAUACACACCAACGUUCCUUGUCUCCACCCCAAGUGCCACCAAGAGACCAAAGCAAAGCCAAUAUUCUUAACGAAUUGAAACUCUGGCAGAAACAGCGUAUGAAACAUGUAACCCCAACUGCAGCAGAAUCACAAAAUACAAAUCGUUACACAUCGUCCAAAUGGAAUUCUGGACGAAAUAUAUCUGCAAAUGAAAGCAAAGAUACAGACAGGAAUAUAUAUGCAAACAUUGACAAUAUUACAUCUCAACAGAGAAGAAACAUCGAUGAACCCAAACCUCAGAAGUUAGCUGACUCAAAACAUGGCAGCCGCAGGUGGGAUGGCCGCCGUCAUACUUUAACAAGUGGAGUUGAUCAUAGUAUGAUUAAACGGAUGCGACAACUGGAAGAAGAAAAAGAGAUUCUGGAACAAGGAAUGGAAAUAGUACAGUCUGCAAAGCGUUGGUAUCAGAAGCAAAUUGCUUCAGUUGAUGAUAAACAGAAAGUUGCUGCUUGGUCAUCAUACAAUGAUUCUUCAUUAGAAGCAAAUCAAGAACGGAUGAAUUUUCAGAAAACCAGGAUAUCUGAAGUCAAUCAACAGUUAAGAGCACUGAUUGAAAGCUCAGAGAAGGGCUUCCCGCUACACAUGAAUCUAGCUGUUAGUAAUAUUGGACAGACAAUUCCAUCAGAUGAAGGUCGUAUGAAGAUGCUGAAAGAACAAAACAGACAACUGACACAGGAGAUUUCAACAAAAUGUGAUAAGAUAACACUGCUUGAGCAAGAAAAAUCUGCCUUGAUUAGAGAACUCUUUGAAUCCCGAUCUCAGAACAAACCCAAUUUGGAUGAUACCACUUUCAUGUGAAAACAUGGACAAUUCUACUGAGUUAUUGCUCACCUGUAAUCUCUUCAAAACCUUUAACCAGAAUUUGGAAGCUAAAGGUCCUCUUGGUGUAUUCUAUCUUCACAAUCUCCACAAUGUGUUUUUAUUUAUCUUUAUCUUCAUUGGCAUAAAUGAUAAACUGACAGAGUGAAAUGCCUUAUGGUAUAUUUCUUUAUGGUCUAAAUUAAAAUUAUUUUUAUUGAAAAAAGUUAGCAUGCCAGGCAAAAUGCUUAGCAGCAUUUUCGUCUGUCAUCUGUCGUCAAUAAAUUAAGUACUAGUCAUGCACUGGGGUCGAUGUAAUUGACUUAACCCCUUCCCUGAAAUUGCUGGCCUUGUGCCAAAAUUUGAAACCGUUAUUGAAAAAAGUGAUUGGUAUCAUAUUAAAUGUUCAGUAUCAUAUUAAAUUUUUUGAUGUAUGUAUUGUGUUCCGAGUUCUAGGCCACUGAGAACAACUGUAUUGUUUCAUCUUUCCAGACUGUGGUAUAUUCAGCAAUAUAAAUACUGGUCAAGUACUGUGAUUUGAUUCAGCUGACUGCUCCUUUCCUCCAAAUAUCUGUGCCCUUGUGCCUCAGCAAGAAACCAUUAUUAUUUGGCUGAAUCAUUAAAAUCAAUGGUCAAAGUGUA